AUGGCUGAAUCCUGCAGGAUCCUGGUCCUGUUCUGCAAGAUUUCAAUCCUGUCCUGUUCUGUCCUGCCUCCCAUGAUCCUGCAGGAUCCUGAAAUCCUGAAAAAUCCUGCCAAAAUUUCCUUAACCCAUAAGGCCGAAAAGGGCUGGAGUGGAGGGUUACCCGCCGGUCCCAGAGGUUUGCCUUUUGUGGGAUACCUACCAUUUCUCAGCAAAAAGCCCCACAAAGACAUCGCCAAAUUGAGUGACAAAUACGGAUCUGUAUUCACAUUGCAAUUAGGAGUGCAUAAUGUGGUCAUACUUAACGACUGGGAAUCAGUGAAGGAAGCCUUCAAUAACGACGACUUUUUAGGCAAACCCACGAGUAGUGUGUUUACAGUCGGCGCCCCCACUACUAGUUUUGUUGAUGACAGUGGACAGGUAUGGCGAGAUCAUCGGCGCUUUGCACUACAGGUUCUUCGAGACUUAGGUUUCGGGAAGGGGUCUAUGGAGGACAGGAUCACCGAUGAGAUCAGUUAUCUCACAAAACUUAUUGAUGAGACAAAUGGCGAGGCAAUAAAUAUCCACAAACUCCUGACGCCCAGUAUGUCCAACAAUAUCAGUAAUUUGGUGUUUGGGCGCCGAUUGGAGUUCGACGACCCCAGUCGUCAGGCUAUGGACGAGAUGUUGGACAAGGUUUCCAAAAUGCUUAACAUUAUUGGUUUGCUGGGAACUACACCCGAGUGGUUGGGUAAACUUAUUCUUAUAGUCGGCGCUUUUGGUAACAAAAAUAAGUUUGAUAAAGUGAUCGGAAUUUUUGAUAAGGAGAUAUCGUCGCACCAGAAGUCGUUUGAUGUGAACAAUAGAGUCAAUGAUUAUAUCGACGGAUACUUAGCGGAGAUGGAAGUGAGACAACGAAAGGAUCCCAACACUCACUUCACCCUGGCGAAGUUAGGAGAGAAUAGUCGAGCGUUUUUUGGUGCCGGAAGUGAAACUGUGAGGACUACUGCUGAAUGGCUCCUAUUAUUGGUCGUUAAGUACAGCGAACACCAGAAGAGGAUUCACGAAGAGAUCGAUUCUGUGGUCGGAAGAGAUCGGAGUCCCUGUUAUGCCGACAGACUUCAUAUGCCGUUCACUCAGGCGUUCAUUAACGAAGUGUUUCGUUGGAAAACUAUAGUUCCCGUAAAUCUGAUGAGAAGAGCUCUAAAGGAUACGACAGUUUUGGGUCAUUUCAUACCUAAAGACACUACAGUUAUGGCCAAUAUAUGGGCCGUUCAUUAUGACCCCAAAGUAUGGGAUAAACCUGAACAGUUUAAUCCGAAUCGAUUCCUCACUAGUGAUGGCAAAGAAUUACUUAAAACCGAGGCUUUAAUACCAUUUUCCUACGGUUUACCCGCCGGUCCCCAAGGCCUGCCGUUUGUGGGUUACCUGCCAUUCCUCGGCAAACAGCCUCAUAAAGACAUCGCCAAAUUGAGUGACAAAUACGGAUCUGUAUUCACAUUGCAAUUAGGAGUGCAUAAUGUGGUCAUUCUUAACGACUGGGAGGCUGUGAGGGAUGCCUUUAAUAACGACGACUUUUUGGGAAAACCUACGAGUAGUGUGUUUACAGUCGGCGCCCCAACUACUAGUUUUGUUGACGAUAGUGGACAGGUAUGGCGAGACCAUCGGCGCUUCGCCCUACAGGUGCUCCGAGACUUAGGUUUCGGUAAAGGGUCUAUGGAGGACAAGAUCACCGAUGAGAUCAGUUAUCUCACAAAACUUAUUGAUGAGACUAAUGGCAAGCCCUUGGAUAUCCACAAACUCCUGACGCCCAGUAUGUCCAACAAUAUCAGUAAUUUGGUGUUUGGGCGCCGAUUGGAGUUCGACGACCCCAGUCGUCAGGCUAUGGACAGGCUGUUGGACGAGCUGGGUAAGAUGUUCAAUGUUAUCGGUUUGUUGGGAACUACACCCGAGUGGUUGGGAAAACUCAUUCUGUUGGGCGGCCUCUUAGGCAGCAAAAAGAAGUUUGAUAUCGUGUCCGGAAUUUUUGAUAAGGAGAUAUCGUCGCACCAGAAGUCGUUUGAUGUGAACAAUAGAGUCAAUGAUUAUAUCGACGGAUACUUAGCGGAGAUGGAAGUGAGACAACGAAAGGAUCCCAACACUCACUUCACCCGUCAGUCCAUACAUACAGACAUUGUCCAGAAGUCGUUUGAUGUGAACAAUAGAGUCAAUGAUUAUAUCGACGGAUACUUAGCGGAGAUGGAAGUGAGACAACGAAAGGAUCCCAACACUCACUUCACCCUUUCAAAAUUAGGAGAGAAUAUGAAAGCGUUUUUCGGGGCCGGAAGUGAAACGGUUAGGACUACUACGGAAUGGCUGUUAUUACUGUCCGUCAGAUACAGCGAACACCAGAAGAGGAUUCACUCAGAGAUCGAUUCUGUGGUCGGAAGAGAUCGGAGUCCCUGUUAUGCCGACAGACUUCAUAUGCCGUUCACUCAGGCGUUCAUUAAUGAAGUGUUUCGUUGGAUAACUAUUUUACCCUUAAAUGUGAUGAGAAGAACUCUAAAGGAUACGACAGUUUUGGGUCAUUUCAUACCUAAAGACACCAGAGUUAUGGCCAAUAUAUGGGCCGUUCAUAACGAUCCCAAAGUAUGGCAUAAACCGCAAGACUUUAAUCCGAAUCGAUUCCUCACAAGUGAUGGCAAAGAAUUGCUUAAAAUCGAGGCUUUGAUACCUUUUUCUUUCGGUAAGCGUUCGUGUGUUGGGGAGACGUUAGCACGAGUGGAGGUAUUCCUGUAUUUCGUAUCACUUCUACAGAAAUACACAUUAAGUGCAGCAAAUGAUGAGAUGUUGACUCUGGAUAACAAUUUUGGACUAACAUUACAACCCAAAGAUCCAUUGGCAUUCAAUAUGUUAUUCAUUUAUACGGUGUUUGACUAUGUGUUUGAAAAUGUGGGCUCUUUUACGCUAUUCAUACUGUUUGUCAGUUUAGUCCGACAUGUGUUGAGUAACUUAAGGCAACGGCGGCGACUGCCACCCGGCCCGGCAGGCCUACCACUAGUCGGCUAUUUGCCAUCACUGGGCACUGAGCCCUACAAAGACAUCGCACGGUUGAGCGCUAAAUACGGCAAUAUUUUUACAUUGCAAUUAGGAGUGCAUAAUGUGGUCAUACUGAACGACUGGGAGGCUGUGAGGGACGCCCUCCAUAAGGACGCCUUUUUAGGCCGACCCACGAACAGCCCGUUCACUGUCGUGAACGCCGACAACGCCAUCAGUUUGGCCGACGAUAACGGCCGCCUAUGGAGAGACCACCGCAGGUUCGCCUCACAGGUGCUCCGGGACUACGCCAAGGGUGGUAUGGAGUGCAAGAUUCAACAGGAGAUCCGUUAUCUCAUCGCACGUAUCGACGAGACCAGUGGUCGCUCACUGAAUGCCGGCAAACUCCUGACGCCCAGUAUGUCCAACAAUAUCUGUCACCUGGUGUUUGGCCACCGAUACGAUUAUAACGACCCGAAACGCCAGGCCAUGGAUAAGAUGCUAAACGAGGCCUGUAAGGUGUUCUCAGUGAUCGGGGUACUGGCGAUGGCACCGGCGUGGUUUUGUAAGCUAGUGUUCAGGGCCAGUGAUUUCGGCAAUAAAAGGCAGUUUGACAUCGCGUUUGAUAUAUUCGAUAAAGAGAUCUCUUCGCACCAGAAGUCGUUGUCUGCGAGCAAUAGAGUCAACGAUUAUAUCGACGGAUACUUAGCGGAGAUGGAAGUGAGACAACGAAAGGAUCACAUCUCUCAGUAUAACUUCUCCCUUCGCAGACUACAAGCCAACUGUCGGGCGUUUUUCAGCGCCGGUAGUGGGAGUGUGCGGACGACCACCGAAUGGCUGUUAUUACUGUCCGUCAGAUAUAGCGAACACCAGAAGAGGAUUCACGAAGAGAUCGAUUCUGUGGUCGGAAGAGAUCGGAGUCCCUGUUAUGCCGACAGACUUCAUAUGCCGUUCACUCAGGCGUUCAUUAACGAAGUGAUGAGAUAU